CGAAGCUUAGGUACCACCUGACAUAAACGACGGUGUUAGCUCAACCGAGGGGUUCCGAUACGGAAGCUGCAACGGCGGGGCAGUAGGGACUAGCUAUGGUGGGGUUGAGCACAUCAUCGCUGCUAUUCGGCAUCUUACCGCACUUACACCGUGGUAUUCUCUUAUAGCUAACCUAGUCUAUUUCAUAAACCUCGCACCUUUUUCUAUUCCCCUUAAAGUUUCUACUUGAGACUACCUUAUGCCCAUCCUGCGAACAGGUCUCUCCACGCUUCGGCACCUAGGACGCUUCACACUCUCGUCUUCUCCAAGAGCAACUCUCUUACAACCCCUCCAUAACCACCACAUAAGCCUCGUCAAGAGAAGCGCCAUGUCCUCAGCUGUAGCAAAGCGCCUUGAGGGCAAGACCAUCGUGAUUACCGGUGCGUCGUCGGGCAUUGGGCGUAGUACUGCGCUCGAGUUUGCGCGGACCUCGCCCAAGGACCUAAAGCUUGUCGUCACGGCGCGUCGCAUCGAGAACUUGCGUCAGCUCGCAGACGAUAUCGCAAAGGAGGUCGGCUCCGGCGUCCGCGUCUUACCCGUCAAGCUCGACGUAAGCAACGCCGAUGAGGUCCGCGGCUUUGUCGCCGGCCUGCCUGAGGAGUUCCGGGAUAUCGACGUGUUGGUGAACAAUGCCGGCCUUGUUAAAGGCGUAGCACGCGCUCCUGAGAUUGCCGAGGAGGACAUUAACGUUAUGUUUGCGACCAACGUCACAGGCCUGAUCAACCUGACCCAAGCUGCACUGCCCAUCUUCCUUAAGCGGCCCGACGGUGGCCACGGCGACAUUAUCAAUGUUGGCAGCAUCGCCGGCCGCGAGCCGUACCCGGGCGGCGGCAUUUACUGCGCGACCAAGGCUGCUGUCCGCAGCUUCACUGAUUCCUUGCGCAAGGAGCUUGUCGCUUCGCGUGUCCGUGUCAUUGAGGUCGAUCCCGGCCAAGUCGAGACCGAAUUCUCCCUUGUUCGAUUCUACGGCGACAAGAGCAAAGCUGAUGCUGUCUAUGCUGGAGGCGAGCCACUAACACCUGAUGAUAUUGCCGAAGUUAUCGUAUUUGCUGCUGGCAGGAGGGAAAAUGUCAUAGUAGCGGACACCCUCAUCUUCCCUAACCAUCAAGCCAGUCCCUUUGUAAUUCACAAGAAAUCAUAGAAAUUUAGAUAACAUGAGACUUAUAUUUCAUCUACCAAAAUUUACGGGAAGAGAAGAGGCAGUACCAGGGGCAAACACGCCAUAAUAAUAUAUUUGAAUCCAAAUCGUAUGCCUUAUCUUAGGGUCUAAAAAACAAGAACUCUACGGGAUAGACUGCAUCCAUAGCUCGAUUGGGCAACUAUGGGCUUAACCACGUUCAAUAUGCAUCUAUUGCUGAGAAAAGUCAGCGGGGACUAUGCACGAUGUUUUAAACUACGAGAUAGCUUGCGCGUAAAUGAGUUCAGACAACCGGUUUACUCAUUCACUUGAAUCGGCCUUCGAAAUCUAUGCCUCAAGACGAAACACAGAAGUCGAAAGCACUGAAGCAAUCAUAACAUCCGACAAACCCUAGCAGAAAGCCGGGUUGCCAAUGGACAACUCCACAACCAAUCCUCGCAUAUCCAGAAGGAUAGGCUAUGGUGCGGGAGGGAAGCUCGACUCGAUGUGAGAUAGUUGAAUGGAUAAACAGUUUUCAUCAUGACAGAACGCGCCACGUAAGGAAGUCCAUCGUAACUUACAUUUAAUAAUACACUGGAUGCAGGCUGGUUAUAUCGAAGGUCAGGUCUAGGAUACGGCUUUACUAUAAACUGCUUCUCUGUUAGCUUGUGCUAUUUCCA